AUGGAGGAGGGGAGCGGCGCCGUCUACCGCGUGGGCCUCUGGAACAAGCACGACUUCCAGAAGGCCGGCGCGGUGGCCCGGGCCAAGGCGCCCAUCGAGGCCUUGAACCAGAAGAGUGGCCAGCAGAUCGCGAGCUCGAAGAAGAAGAUAGCCCGGGGCACCAAAGUCAUGGACAACGCGAUCGCGGUCGGCCUGCGAGCGCUGCGUCUGGGGCGCGAGUUCAGUCUCGAGCAGCCCGCGAACGCCGCCAGCUGGAGGGUCACCGCGGCAGGUUGCGCCUGGGGCAUGCGCGGCAGUGAAGCGGGCCAGGGCGCGCGCGAGAACUGGAGGUUCCUCGUGUCCUACCCGCGGGCAGCUGACGUCCUAGAGCGGAAAUGCCUUCGCGGCCGCGAGCGCCGGCAGCUGGAAGGGUCCAGGCGGGUCGCCGACUCCGCCAAGUACCCGGGCGCCUUGUGCCGAGCUCUCAGCCGGGAGGUGCUGGCCCAUGCCCUGGUGUCCGGGAUCACCGCUGGCGCGAGCGAGAUCGAGGGCGCGCUGAAGGAGCUGACCGAGGGUCACGUCAAGCAGGCCGAGGUCAUGGCCAUCGAGAAGGAUACCGAGACAGGGGACCCGACUGACGAGUUGAGGAAGUCGGCGCGCCUCAAGCUCCAGCGGCUACACUCGCAGCUGGGUCAGCAGCCCGAGCUGUCCACGACGACGCCAG